ACCCGCAAUCGUCCUUUCCAGAAAAAAUGGCCGCUGUUGACAUCGACGUACCGGUUGAAACGGAGCCCCAAAUCCACAAUGCAGUCGAUUUAGAACGGCAAGCUGAAGGCUUCAAAGAACAAGGAAAUGCUUUCUACAGUAACAAGGAUUACUCUGAAGCUUUCAACUACUACACCAAGGCCAUUGAUGCUUGCCCCAAAAAUGCCAGUUAUUAUGGGAACAGAGCAGCCACCCUGAUGAUGUUGUGUCGCUUUCGGGAGGCGUUGGAGGACUCCCAGCAGGCUGUGCGGCUAGAUGAUUGUUUUAUGAAGGGUCAUCUACGUGAGGGCAAGUGCCACUUGUCUUUGGGGAAUGCCAUGGCAGCUAGUCGCUCCUUUCAAAAAGUCCUGGAACUGGAGCCAAGUAACAAAGAGGCUCUAAAAGAGAACAAAAAUGCAUCUACGCUGAUGGACUUGGAGCGAAUGGCAGAGUUGAGCUUUGAGAAACGAGAUUUUCGAAAGGUGGUUUACUGCAUGGACCGGGCCCUUGCUUGGGCCUCAGCCUGCCAUCGUUUCAAAAUCCUCAAAGCGGAGUGUUUGGCGUUGUUAGGAAGAUACCCUGAAGCCCAGUCUGUUGCAAGUGAUAUCCUACGAAUGGACUCCACAAAUGCAGAUGCAUUAUAUGUCCGAGGUCUCUGUCUUUACUAUGAGGACUGCAUUGAUAAAGCAGUGCAGUUCUUCGUCCAGGCUUUGAGAAUGGCACCAGACCAUGAAAAGGCUCGUCUAGCGUGCAGGAAUGCUAAAGCCUUGAAAGCAAAGAAAGAAGAGGGAAACCAGAUGUUCAAGAGCUGCAACUAUGAAGCAGCGUAUCAGCUGUACACAGAAGCACUUGCAAUAGACCCCAACAACAUUAAGACCAAUGCAAAACUCUACUGCAACAGAGCCACUGCAGGAGCAAAACUUAAGAAACUAAACCAAGCCAUUGAAGACUGCACUAGUGCCAUCAAACUCGAUGACACUUACAUUAAGGCCUAUUUAAGAAGAGCACAGUGUUAUAUGGACACCGAGCAAUAUGAAGAGGCUGUGCGAGACUAUGAAAAGGUCUACCAGACAGAGAAGACAUCAGAACACAAGCAUCUAUUGAAAAAUGCACAGUUGGAGCUUAAGAAGAGCAAGAGAAAAGACUACUACAAGGUGCUUGGAGUUGGCAAAAAUGCCACAGAUGAUGAAAUCAAGAAAGCCUAUAGGAAAAGAGCCCUCAUGCAUCACCCAGAUCGUCACAGUUCAGCUACACCGGAAAUCCAGAAAGAAGAGGAGAAGAAAUUUAAAGAAGUGGGUGAGGCGUUCACUGUCCUUUCUGAUCCGAAGAAAAAGGUGCGCUAUGAUAACGGACAUGAUUUGGAUAAUGACGGUGGCUGUGACGGUCGAGAUUUCGAUGCAAAUAACAUUUUCAGAGCAUUCUUUGGAGGAGGUCAUGGUGGUGGCUUCUCAUUUGAUUCUAGUCCAGAUAAUGGAAAUUUCUUUUUUCAAUUUGGCUAGAAGUAAUGUGACAAGCUGCUGUUUCCUGGAGGACAACACAGAACUCUUGCAAACCUCAUCACCAAUUUUUUUAUUUUUUAUGUUGAGCUAAAGUAGACUACAUUUAAAUUGAGAAAUUACAUUAGAGAUUCUGUAUUGUUUUAACAUUGUAAUUUCGGAUCCUUUUUGUGGGGUGGUAUUGGUUACUGUUGCCAAAUCAGACAAAAAACUGCCUCCAUUUUUUAUUGUUUUAAUCUGUAGUAUACUAUAAGGAAUGCAUUGGAAAAAUUGUGUGAUGGUUCAUAGUAAUGUAUCUAUGGAGCGAUGUGUUGUUAAUGUAAUUUGUCACCUCUGACCUCAGGACAGCCGUGGUCCAGGUUUAAAUGGCAGCCUUUGCCAGAAGUACACUUGAUCUGCAGGGUUUUGUCUAAUUCCUGUUUGAAUGUACAGAGUGUAUGUGUAUUCCUCCUCAGUCUUCCUCAUUAUAUUUAUUGUACUAUAUAUUCCAACAUCAUGCAUCUGAUUACAGCUUUUCAUUGUAUUUCUAAUUUAAAUACCUUCUUGCUCAGUUAUCCAUGUGGUAUCAUUUUUAGUUCAACUUUGCAAAACAAGUAAUUUGUACCAUAACACAAUUGUUCAAAGUGGUGCCUUACAAUUAUUCAAUAACUACCACCCUAAAUGUCAUUUCAAAAUCUGAAAAAAAGACCAACUUUCAAACUUGUUGAUAACCUCACCUGGCAUUUGUAAUCAGAAAUUAACCAAGGCCUGAAGGAGUGAUACUGCUCAAGGCUGAUCCUUCUGUACUUAUGCAUGUUUGGCCAGUGUGUUUCACUACUCCCAAUAAUCAGUAGUUCCACAUGUUUUAGGGGCCACCAGGUUGUAAGCAUCUUCAUCUUUUGUCACUUAAUGUAAUUUUAAUGUGACACUGUAAUAACCGUUUUCUUAAUGCAAAAAAUAAAUGCUUGUCUUUUA